AUGAUUGGGAGUCUUGCUGCCACUUGGAAGGUAUCAAGCGCCUUUGUCGGCUUGAUGGAACAGCAUCGCUGCACUGCGGAUCAAAUUUCGGACUGCGCAUCGCUCAGAUCCGUCUUGCAGAUUUGGAGAUUGAGGGUGCGAUUCAGAAUUCAAAAGAAGGCGGUUGAGAAGGAAACUGCUGAACUUAAACGGUUCUUCGGUGACGUCUUUUGUGGCAAGGAAACUGUGGUUGUUCAACCGUGGACGGAACCCUAUUGCCCUGCAUUGGACACACUGCAACGUGCGUUGCAAAAGCUGCCUGCGCACAAGGCAGUACCGGGUAUUUGUGCCCCGUCCAUGGUGUGGAAGGCCUGUGCCACCACUGUGGCACCUUUUCUGCAUGCUGCCUUUGCGGAUAUGGGACAUUCGCACACACCGAUGGUCCCGCAUCGUUGGAAGGAUGGAUGGAUGGUACUUGCACCGAAAGCGGGUAAACCGCUUUGUCGUGCCUGCGAUGUCCGGCCCCUGGCGCUCCAAGAUCCGGGUGGAAAAGCAGCGAUUCGCACAUUGAAAGAGGCCAUACAGCCCUACGUGGAUGAGUACAUGCAGGCAAUACCUCAGUAUGCCUAUCUACAGAAACGUGAUGGGCAAAUGGCAAUUCUGCGUGCGUGCGCGUUGGUGGAACGGUCCUUACAAGAGGCCCAGAUCCCAGCGGGUCUUAUUUCCCUGGUGAUGGCGUGGUUGGUUGGCUCAUCUUACCAUAUAACACAUGCAGGCGAGGAAUUUACACUGACGCCCACCAGAGGAAUUCGGCAAGGGUGUGUGCUCUCACCGCUUAUCUGGUCCUGUGUCACUGGUACCAUGGUGCGGGACUUGGAGUCACUUGAUAUUGCAGUGGCAGACUUGGAUUUAUAUGCCGAUGAUUAUCUGCAUCAGGAACUGCUUACUACAUAUGAGGCGUUUGCCCCAGCACUGCGGAAGAUGGGGGUCAUUAUCAAGUACUUGCAAGACAAUGGACUUCAGGUCAGCAUCGACAAAACGGCUGUGCUUCUACGAAUUGCAGGCACGAGAUAUGCUAUGGCCAUGAAGCAGCAUACAUUCAGACGCAAGGAUCGAGAGGGUAUUGAGCGACUAUACAUCAAAAUACCCACUGCCACUAAAGAGCUGCAUCUGCCGGUGGUACAGGAGCACAAGUACAUGGGCAUAAUGGCGACCUAUUACUGUUUCGAGGAUAGCACCUUGCAACAUCGCAUCUCUUCUGCCAAGAAUGCUUACACCCGCUUGAAACCGUUUUUGCGCAGUAGAAA